UCUUCCGNGCAGCGCGGAGAGCGGGAGGUGACGGAGCGGGGAUUGCGCGGACGCCGGCAUCAUGCGUGAGAUCGUGCACAUCCAGGCCGGGCAGUGCGGCAACCAGAUCGGCGCCAAGUUCUGGGAGGUCAUCAGUGAUGAGCAUGGGAUUGACCCCACCGGCAGCUACCAUGGGGACAGUGACCUGCAGCUGGAGAGGAUCAACGUGUACUACAAUGAAGCUGCCGGUAACAAGUACGUUCCCCGUGCCAUCCUGGUUGACCUGGAGCCCGGCACAAUGGACUCGGUGCGCUCCGGCCCCUUCGGACAGAUCUUC